AUGGCCAAAAUCCGUCCUCCGCCAAAACGCCCACGUCCAACAAGAAACCCCCGAAUCAAAAUAACCAGAAGCCCUAACCGUUCAAGACUACAUCUGUCAACUCUCAACGGCUUCCUAAAAACCUCCACAACCGCUCAGACCAACAACCUAAUCCACCUCAUCUCCACGUUCCCUCGAUCUACCCUUCCGAUCGACUCAAGAUACUACCUCCCACCAUGGCGAACGCGGCGACCAAAACAACGACGACGGCGAUGCAGAAUCUACCACCACUUUCCUCCGUUACCCAUUCCUCCCAGGGAGAAGCCAGAGGGGUUUAGACUAGGCGAUCUACCACCCGAGCUGUGUAUUCUGAUUUUCAACUUCGCGGAUUUAGAAUGGACGACGCGAGAACCGCAGACUGCAGCAAUGACAGUCCCGCGUACUAUGCCACCGCUGAUCAUAGCUCUCCGGGCAUGGCGACGACACGAUUUAUAUUUCGAGGCUUUAAAGCUAUUCUACGCGAGCGCAGUUUAUGUAUUUGAAUUCAACUCCCCCUGGUCCAUCGACAAAAUGAGUUUCAACGCCCUCGACACAAUCCGAAAAGCACGCUACAUACUGGAUCUUCUUGAUCGCCGGCGCUUUCCCCUACUACCUGCGCAACAAGCGGCUGAAGAGAUUGCGGGUGGACUUCUAUGCUCCGACGAGGAGAUGUGA